GAGAGGGAGCAGUUAGUGAAGGAGAGACUGAAAGAGAGAGAGAGAGGGAGCAGUUAGUGAAGGAGAGAUUAAAAGAGAGUAAGGGGGCAGUUAGUAGAGGACAUAAAGAUUCAAACUUAGUUUGUGAGAGAUAGGAAGCUAGAGAGAGACAGCAAAACUCAAGUCUGAGAAAGAAUAGUUAGUGAGUGUAGGCAUUCAAACCAAGAGAAAGGAACUGACAUUCAUAUUCAGAGAGACAGGAAAUAGUUAAAUGCCAGACCCAAACUGAGGGAUUUGCAGACAAGGCAGUGAGGAGUUCAUUUCUCUGCUUGUCUCUCUUUCUGUCUCUGAAAUCCUGUUCCCAGUGUGCGUGGACCAGUUUAUCCAAAGGCCACAGAUUCUAAUGUAUGAUUCACAAGAAGUUCAAGAAGAGUUUGGGAGUUGUUUUGUGUAGACGCUUUGAGAGAUAUUUUCACCCCACUCCAGAGGAAAUGGCUUCAGUGCACGAGUGCUGAGAGGCUGCUAAAUUCAAGGGACUUGCAGUGCUCUGAUUGGAUGGACAGACCCACCUAACGUUCUUGCUCCUGUUGAUUUUGGACAGCUAUGACCUCUACACUGUUGGACUUUAACCUCAUGGACACAGGUCAGGAGGACAUCAUUGUGAACCGCUGUGACCUGGAGGUGGAAAGGAAAUAUCAACUCAUUCCAUCUAUUAUUUGUGCCAUGUGUUGCCUUUUUGGGGUCAUCUACUGCUUUUUUGGUUAUCGCUGUUUCAAGGCUGUCAUGUUCCUCUGUGGGCUGAUGUUUGGCUCCAUCAUCAUUUUCCUGCUGUGUUACAAGGAGCGAGUUCUGGACAUUCAGUUGAGCGUGGAGGCCAGUGCUGGUAUUGGUCUAGGCAUCGGAAUCCUGUGUGGACUGGUCACCAUGCUUGUCCGUAGUGUUGGCCUCUUCAUGAUUGGCCUGGUGCUUGGCCUGCUGGUAGCAACUGUCACCCUCAUUGUAAUGGAGCAGUUCUACCACCCACACACCAUCUGGGUUCCAGUGGGGCUUCUUAUUGGCGUCGGGAUGCUGUUUGCUGUCUUAACUUUACAGUGGCAAAAACUCUUCACCAUUAUCUCCACUGCAGUCUUUGGUGGUGCCAUCAUUACACUGACUGUGGAUUAUUUCAUCGAGCUGUUUCUGUUGGCACAGUAUGUCUAUGAGAGGCUCAAGAUUGCUCCCUCGCUGCCUAUUUGUUGGUACAGUUGGGUGAUCCUUGGCAUCUGGCCAGUGCUGAGCAUGCUGGGAAUUCUGGUCCAAUGGAAACUCACAGCUGAAGGCUACUCACAUACUGAAGUUAUUAUCAGCAAACGACAAAAACGAGUGCAGUUGAUGAGAAUACGACAGCAGGAAGCAAAGAAGCGACAGAGGACAUCUCAGGCAGAGGGCACAUACCGCAGGAAACCAUACCCAGUCAAACGGUACACGGGAGACAUUCUUUCACCGAGCUACAUUCAGAGUAUCCGAGAUCGGCAGACAGCAACAUCCAUGAGCAGUCUGAACACAAACAUUCACACCAUCGUAGAUCUGGAUUAUGACUGUGGUUCCACUGUCCCACUCACAGCCACAACUCCCGUGGUCACGGCAUGA